AUGGCUCCCGAAAAGGCGCGUUCAGCGCGGUCACUCGCAGAUCAGCUAGCUGAUCUUGAAGAUCCUACACCGAAGGACUUUGAUCCCGAGGACAUUGACCGUGAUGUGGACUCAAGUGGUGAUGAAGGGCCAACAAAGGCCUCGGACAUGAACGCAGGCAGGGAACACUAUCAAUCAGUUGGAAAAGGAAAGCUCCGAAAAUCUGAACCCGCCGACCUGGGAGAGCAAUACGCCGGCGCUCGUGUCAGCAGAGAUCAAUUGGAUGCAGACAGUGACGAUGACCCGUUUGCCGCACGUCCUGACGACGAGGUAUCAUCCGCGACCGACGAAGACGACGAUUCUGCGUCUGAAUCCAACGUCAGUGGGGAGGACUCGCAAAGCGACGACGAGGACGAUUUUGGUGCGGCUGGGGAAUCGAGUGACUCUGAGCUUGAUGGCGACGAAGAGGAGGAGCUUUCAGACGGCGAAGAGGAUGAUGAAGAGGAUGAUGAGUUCAGUGAUGAGGAGGACUCAGAUGCCGAUUCCAAGGGCCGCAAGUUGGCCAAAUCUCAGAAAAACGGGGGAGAGCGGUCAACUAGCUCUCACGAUGAUCGCGAUGAGCUGCGACGACUCAUGGCAUCUGACCAGAAGACGAUUGCCGCGACUAUCUCUCAGGCCGCCAAAGCAGAUGCCGCAAAGGGAAAGGCCGUUAAGGAGCAACGUUCGACAUUUGAUGCACUCCUCAACUCGAGGAUAAAGCUCCAGAAAGGCAUGGGUGCUAUCAAUCAGAUGGUCGGUGUGGCGGUGGUGACGGAAGAGGCAAAUGGAACCGAGGAUGCGGGCAAAACAAACUCAGAGGCUAUCAAGUCCGCCGAGGACGCUGCACUUGCUCUGUGGUCUACGUUGGAAGGUUUGCGCAUUGCGCUUGCGGAUGCUCACAGCAAAGACGGAGCCAAGAAGCGUAAGCGUGCAGACCCCGUUUCAAAUUCUACUCCGUCUCAAUCUCUCUGGGAGCGCAUGUCUAGCCUCGAGGCCGAGUCCUUACUUCAUCGUCGAGCUGUGCUGGACAAAUGGUCCUCCAAGGUCCGUGGCCCUGCCGCUUCCCUUCCGAAUGCUCGUGGCAAAUUGAUGGGGUCGGCUUCCGGCACUCAAACAAUCACCACCGUCCUCGACGCCCAUGUAGCGACCGAGAUAGGCGACCGGGCCAGCAAGCGCGCCCGCCGAGGCACCGUCUCUACUGGUAAUGCUACAGAUGAGACCCCCGACACUGUCUAUGACGACACCGUAUUCUACCAAUCCCUGCUACGCGACCUUGUCGAGCAACGCAUGGCUUCCGAAGCUAUGACUGGCGGUCUCGACACUCUUCAACAGCUGCCUUCGCGUCUGCCAAUUCAUCCCAUCACUGGCAUGCGCAACGACAAAAAUCGCAAGGAAGUUGAUACACGAGCCUCUAAGGGCCGCAAGAUGCGAUUCAAUGUCCACGAAAAGCUACAAAACUUCAUGGCCCCCGAAGAUCGUGGUUCGUGGACCGUUCGUGCUCGAGAUGAAUUCUUUGCCUCUUUGCUUGGGAAGUCAGCAAGUGGUCUGUUGGGCGAAGGUGACGAGGAUGCCAGUGAUGUGGAGUCCGAUGAAGAUCGGGAGGAAGGUGGAUUGCGUCUCUUCCGCGGAUGA